ACACAGAAUGACGUAAAUGUUGGUAUCGAUCCAAAGUGGAAUGUUGGCUUUGGAGGAAUGUGACCACUUGCUGCUCGACACCGUGAGAGCUCUGUGGCGCCGUGUUCUGCAAACGCGUGCAACUGAAACCCAGCCGUCGAUGGCGGGGGGGACGGUUUGGCAAGGAUUCGUACCACUCUGCAACAAGGGUGCGCACGCUGCGUCGCAGCAACGAAAAUCCCCCUCCCUCAUGUCCCUAAUCAGAAAGCGAGCGGAUGCGCUUGGAACGGGGACGGCUCAAGUACUUAAGUGCUCGAAGCCUCAGCCUCGAAAAAUCGUGAACCUCGAGUGUGCACAUGGAAUAGGCUUUGGUGGAUGGAAACCCUUCGCAGAAGGUGUUUUCAUUCGCGCUGCAGAGCAGACUCCUCCCCAGCCGCUCUCCGAUUUGCCGAGGUUUAUCCGAAACUUCGAGGACAUGACAAACCUCGGCAAAUCAGAGAGCGACUGGGGAGGAGUCUGA